UCCGUCAAAACAGGCCGGGCGCUGAAAUUCCCGCACUUUCAAGUCAAAACAUCUGCACUACUCGCAACAGCGGCAGCCGAGGCGAGGUAGCGAAAACAACGUGAAUCUUUCUCUGUCGCACUUCGUUGCUGUUUGUGUGAUUCUGGAUGUGUUUAUGGACAGCAGAGCUUUCUUUGUGUGUACUAUGUGCGUCGAAGUGAGCUUCGAAGCGCUCGAAGUUCCAUGUUGGUAUAUGUCUGUCCGUCGAACUACAUCAUCGACUCGCGGUUGCUGUUAUUAUUCGGUAGCCGUGUCGGGACGGAAAAUUUCUGUUCUAUUUGGCAGACCUGAGCCUGAUCUUGAAGCAGGCAGCGCAUCUGUGUCCAUGGUACUUUCCGUAAAUUUCCCUCGUCGUAUUGUUGCCUAGAAGUUUGCCACCAAUUUGUCGUUAGCUGUUGAGCCAGGCUGUUGACUGUUGAGCUCUGGUGGAUAAACGGACAACGAGUGAAGAGUUUGGGCGGUCGCAGUGUUUGAGUGGUGAACCCAGACGAACAGGCCUUCUAGUUAUAGUAAGCAAUUUAUAAGUGCAUUUGAUUUCAUCCUGGAAAGCUUUGAACGGAACGAUUGGUGUUAAUGGCGGCCGUGCUAGCUUUUCCUUAGUGAAACCUAAUUGUCAUAUGACGUUUUGAGGACAGGCGCGAGGUGACGGUAACGGGUCGUGUAGAGACACACCGAAGCGACAACUUUCCACGACUAGAGAAACAUGAGAUGGCUGAAGAAGACGGUAACGGCGAUGGGCCUAAUAUUGUUCAGUUGAACAACGUGCAGCUCAGUGCGGUCGCAUCGUCCGCUCAAAACCAACAGUCUAUUCAACAUCAGCCGCAGCAACAACUUCCGUCACCUGCUCAACAAGUGGCACAGCAACAGCAAGCGCAACUCCAGCUGCAACAACAGCAGCAGCAGCUGCAGGCGCAGGUGUCUCAACAACAAAUGGUCCUUAACGGCAGCGCUGUUCAUUCUAGUAUCGCAACAGCGACGAUACCGGCUACAGAUGUCUGCGGCGACCCUGUUGAGUCUGGACGUGAGUUGAGCAUCUCUGCCGCAAAUGGCGAUCAUCAGGGCGGACUUUUCCAGCAGGUGGCCCUUCCAACUGUACAGAGCGUUCAGACCUCCGCAGCUGCCCUGCUGGCCACAACGAACCAACAGAGUAUUAGCCAAAAUAAUUCUUACAGUAGCAAAAGCGUUUGCCGGGACUUCCUCCGAAAUGUAUGUUUUCGAGGAGCGCAAUGCAAGUUUGCCCAUCCAGGUGAUUCUGUCCAUGGCGACUUUGUGUUUUGCCACGAUUUCCAGAACCUAGGAUGUAAUCGGUUCGAUUGUAAAUUUGUGCAUGCAUCGAAAGAGGAUGAAAGACGAUAUCUGGAGAGCGGCAAGUUACCUUCGACCGCUUUGAAUGUUACUCCUGCAGAAGCCAACCAUGAACCCAUCUGUAAAGAUUUCCUUAAAAGACAAUGUCAUCGGGGCCGCAGGUGCAAGUUCCGGCACGAACUUUCGUCUGGCGCUGGCGGAGAUAAGGGCGGGUCUCUCGCAGCAAGAGACGGCACGGUUGCCAUAUACUACGACUCAGAUAGAUUGUUUCAGUUAGAUAGCGAUUGUGGGUACGGAGGCAGCGUAGCAUCAACGAAUCCGUUAUUAUUACUGCGGGGCGGCGAGCGACCAGGGGUCGAACGCGAUCGCUGGUCGCCACUGGCGACCCGCGUGCCUCUUGGAUUGGGGUCACUUGUUUCCGCAGGUCAUUCACAAGCGACGAAACGCCGUCGCUCGUCGCAGGGUCCGCUUCCACCCUUCGAAGAGGAACCGUUAAUGGCACCUGUAGGCAAUUUAGAGCGCGAAAACCGAAUGUUGAGGGAACGCGUUGAAGACCUUCAAAAACAAGUAAAAGAUCUGAUGUCAACGAAUGAGUUCCUACUUCAACAGAACGCCGAAUUGCGACUAUCGAAGCAGCAGGCACAGGCCCAAGCCGCUCAGCAGGCAGCGCGCGCCUGCUCGGGUAUGUCGGGCCAUGCUGGUGCAGCCGUCAUGUCUACAGCCGGUGCAGUCAUCUCAAGCAACGUGCAGCAACAGCUCGCUGCCGCUGCCAGCAAUGUAAUCCCCAGUAGCGUUCUAACAAGUAGCGUUCUCCAGUCAGUCCAAUCGGCGGCAAACAAUUUACCUGCAGCUGUUGGGGCCGUUGGACCUGUUGGUGCCGUGGGUCCUGUUGGUGCCGUGGGCCCUGUAGGCACUGUAGGUACAGUGGGAGGUUGUGCGCUGCCCAGCAGCGUUUUGUCGAGUAUGCCGAAUCUUUCCAGCGCUCUACCGGGUCUAGCACCAAACCUGUCCAGUGCUGUUUUAGGCGCGUCCGCCGGACCUAUCACGUCGGAGCCUACCGUUGGUCUUGUUCCCGUCUCAUCGAUUAUAACAAUGAGCACAAGCACCAGCAAUGACCAAUUAGUGGGUGGUUAUCCAAUUGUCACGAGUCAGGGUCAGCUGAGAUACAAUCCAACAAGACCAUAAAAUGGACUGAGAAACCUGUUUAGACGGAAUGGGACUGUAGCUUCCUAGAUUCUACUCAGACAUAUAUACACACAUAUACACGCAUAUAUAUAUAUACAUAAGCGGAAGAUUUAUCAGAAUGAAGCUUCGUCGAUAGGGUAAAGCGAACCACCUAUAUUUGUUUGAAAAUUCAGGAUAAUGAUUAUUACUAUUAUAACGGUAAUGAUGUCAGCUCGAAAAUGCAUGCCGGGCCGGAAAGUCGUUGUUAUUAUCAUUAAUUGAGCUACACGUUACCACUUAGCGCUUAGUAAGUGCAGACGGUGGCGUUCUAUAUAUAUAUAUAUAUAUAUAUAUAUAUAUAUAUGUACA